UGGUAAGAACCCGAAUAUCACUGAGGCACUGUACUGUACAGACAAGCACUUACAUUUACUUCCAUUGUAAAAUCUAGCAUUGUUUCUGUUUUGAAAACAAUUGAUAAUCUGUUUAGUAAUGGCAUCUUGUAACCUUUAAGCUCACAGUAUCAGCUGUGCCUCUACCCCCACUGCCCCCUCUCUCUGUCUCUGCCAAAGCCUGGACCCCGGAAUGUCACACUCGCUCAGAUAGAACCCAACAGCUGUAAGGAGAGAGAGAGGGUGGCUCUUGCUAUUUAUAGAGUUCAUUCAGACUAGGAAAUCUCUUUCCCGCGACUUGGUUGUUCUUUCUGGAUCUCUUUUCUGAAAGUUCUAGAGAAGCUUCACCGUAGCGGUGUCAGUUCAUAAGUACGGCGAGCAGAUAAACAAGCGAAGAAUCCCGUGAUAGACUGAAAGACCAAAAGACAACGUGAAUCUCAAACAGGCCAGCAUGGCUUUACUUUGUUACAACAGGGGCUGCGGAGAUCGAUUUGAUGCUGACAAAAACUCACAUGAUGCCUGUUGCUAUCACCCCGGUGUGCCAAUCUUCCACGAUGCUUUAAAGGGCUGGUCCUGCUGUAGAAAGAGGACAACAGAUUUCUCAGAGUUCCUGUCAAUCAAAGGUUGCACCCGCGGGCACCAUAGUAACGAGAAGCCUCAGGAGCCGCUGCGACCCGAAGUGACCACCGAUAAAGGAGAUGUGAAGCAGCACAAUGGAGAAGAAAUGAUCUACCAGGGACCCAAAUCAGCAGAAGCUCUGGAAAAGGAGAGACCCAGUUCAGAUGAGCCAAAGUCGAAGCUGAAGGCGAAGAUCUCUCCAUCUCUGGCUCAGAUUGCAGAGACAAUGAAGAUCACUGAGAGAGAGAAGAGAGAGAAGUUAGAGAGUGAGGUUAUCUUUGUUGGAGUCCGGUGCAAAAACGCAGGAUGCAAAACGACUUAUCAAGGUCCAGAGACUGAUGCAGACGUCUGCUCUUAUCAUCCAGGAGUACCAGUUUUCCAUGAAGGAUACAAAUAUUGGAACUGCUGCUGCAUAAAAACCACUGACUUUAAUGCUUUCCUGGAUCAGAAGGGUUGCACUGCAGGCAAACACCGCUGGAUCCCAAAACAGGACAAAAAGAAGGUGGGUUGCCGGCAUGAUUGGCACCAGACUGGAAACCAGGUCGUGGUUACAAUCUAUGCAAAAAACUCCAGUCCAGAGCAUUCAUAUGUGGAGGCAAACCGCACAGUGUUAACAUGCCAUAUUCAGUUUGAGGGUGACAAAGUGUUUCACAAGGACAUCCACUUAUGGGGGGUGAUUGAUGUGAACAACAGUUUUGUAAACAUGGUGCCCUCUAAAGUUGAAGUGACCAUGAGGAAGGCUGACGCUGUAGCCUGGGGAAAACUGGAGGACCCCAAGCACAAACCCGAGCCGGAGUUCACCAACGAGAUGAACGAGCCGGAGCAAGAAGAUGCCAAACCAGACUGGGACAUCUCAGAUGAUGACAUCAGUGAGUCGGACUGGGAAGAUGAUGAGGAGGACAAGAAAGACAGCAAAGAAAAGAAAGAGGAAAAUAAGACAGAUGAUAAUCCUCCUGAGCUAGAAGAACCUGCUGAUGUUCCCCCAGAAAAAUAAAACUGUGUUGUCAAGCGUAAUUUAUGUAUUUCUUUACCAAUAACACAUGAUGUUUAUACAGCACAUAGAUUGGGCUGCUAU